AUGGAAGAGAUGGAAGAAGAGUUAAAAUGCCCUGUGUGCGGCUCCUUCUAUCGGGAGCCCAUCAUCCUGCCUUGCUCUCACAAUUUAUGUCAGGCGUGCGCCCGCAACAUCCUGGUGCAGACCCCGGAGUCCGAGUCCCCCCAGAGCCGUCGGGCCUCGGGCUCUGGGGUCUCCGACUAUGACUAUCUGGACCUGGACAAGAUGAGCCUGUACAGCGAGGCGGACAGCGGCUAUGGCUCCUACGGAGGUUUCGCCAGCGCCCCCACUACCCCGUGCCAGAAGUCACCCAACGGCGUCCGCGUUUUUCCCCCUGCUAUGCCGCCACCGCCCACCCACCUGUCACCGGCUUUGGCCCCGGUGCCCCGCAACUCCUGCAUCACCUGUCCCCAGUGCCACCGCAGCCUCAUCUUGGAUGACCGGGGGCUCCGUGGCUUCCCCAAGAACCGCGUCCUGGAAGGGGUCAUUGACCGCUACCAACAGAGCAAAGCCGCGGCCCUCAAGUGCCAGCUAUGCGAGAAGGCGCCCAAGGAAGCCACGGUCAUGUGCGAACAGUGCGAUGUCUUCUACUGCGACCCUUGCCGCCUGCGCUGCCACCCGCCGCGGGGGCCCCUAGCCAAACACCGUUUGGUGCCCCCAGCCCAAGGCCGGGUAAGCCGGCGCCUGAGCCCGCGCAAGGUCUCCACCUGCACAGACCAUGAGCUGGAGAAUCACAGCAUGUACUGCGUGCAGUGCAAGAUGCCCGUGUGCUACCAGUGCCUGGAGGAGGGCAAACACUCCAGCCACGAAGUCAAGGCUUUGGGGGCCAUGUGGAAAUUGCACAAGAGCCAGCUCUCCCAGGCGCUGAACGGAUUGUCAGACAGGGCUAAAGAAGCCAAGGAGUUCCUGGUGCAACUGCGCACCAUGGUGCAACAGAUACAGGAAAACAGUGUGGAGUUUGAGGCCUGCCUGGUGGCCCAGUGUGAUGCUCUCAUUGAUGCCCUAAACCGAAGGAAGGCUCAGCUGUUGGCCCGGGUCAACAAGGAGCAUGAGCACAAGCUGAAGGUGGUUCGGGACCAGAUCUCACACUGCACGGUGAAGCUGCGCCAGACCACGGGCCUCAUGGAGUACUGCUUGGAAGUGAUUAAGGAGAACGAUCCCAGCGGCUUUCUGCAGAUUUCAGACGCCCUCAUCAGGCGAGUCCACUUGACUGAGGACCAGUGGGGGAAAGGCACACUCACCCCCAGGAUGACCACGGACUUUGACUUGAGCCUGGACAACAGCCCCCUGCUGCAAUCCAUUCACCAGCUGGACUUUGUGCAAGUGAAAGCUUCCUCUCCAGUCCCAGCAACCCCCAUCCUACAGCUGGAGGAGUGUUGCACCCACAACAAUAGUGCUACACUGUCCUGGAAACAGCCCCCGCUGUCCACUGUGGCCGCCGAAGGAUACAUUCUGGAGCUGGAUGAUGGCAGUGGUGGUCAGUUCCGGGAAGUGUAUGUUGGAAAAGAAACCAUGUGCACCGUGGACGGCCUUCACUUCAACAGCACAUACAAUGCUCGCGUCAAGGCCUUCAACAAAACAGGAGUCAGCCCCUACAGCAAGACUCUGGUCCUCCAGACGUCUGAGGCAGCGGGAGCACAUGAGACUAAACCUAUGAAGGACACAGAUACAGAAGAACAGACCCUCCCUUUUCCAGUGCCUUCGGAAAGAUUGCCGCUCCGUAGAAUGAGUCCCUUCUCCUCCACCCUUAAUCUGCAACCCAGCUUCCCCGGGAGAUCCUACUUUGAUUUCCGAUCCUCACCCCAUCAGCUGAGCUUGCACUCUUCCUUGCAGUCUCUCAAUGCACCGGGAUGCAAUUUUGAGACACAGUCUGCCUCUUACUCUCAAUUAGUUGACAUUAAAAAGCUGCUGGCAGUGGCUUGGUUUGCUUUUGACCCGGGCUCGGCACACUCGGACAUCAUCUUCUCCAAUGACAACCUGACGGUGACGUGCAGUAGCUACGACGACCGGGUGGUGUUGGGGAAAACGGGCUUCUCCAAGGGUGUCCACUACUGGGAGCUAACCAUAGAUCGCUAUGACAACCACCCCGAUCCAGCGUUUGGCGUGGCUCGCAUCGACGUCAUGAAGGAUGUGAUGUUGGGGAAGGACGACAAAGCGUGGGCAAUGUAUGUGGACAAUAACCGGAGCUGGUUCAUGCACAACAACUCGCACACCAACAGAACCGAAGGGGGGAUCACAAAAGGCGCCACCAUCGGGGUCCUCCUCGACUUAAACAGAAAGACAUUAACAUUUUUCAUCAACAAUGAGCAGCAAGGUCCCAUCGCCUUUGAGAACGUGGAGGGCCUGUUCUUUCCUGCUGUCAGCCUGAACAGGAAUGUGCAGGUCACGCUCCACACUGGGCUUCCGGUCCCCGACUUCUACUCCAGCAGAGCUUCCAUAGCCUAG